ACAGACAGUUGAUCAACUGCAUCGAUGCUCUUUCCUCUCUUGAUGUGUUACCUGGUGGGCGAGAGUCAGUGACGUCACGUCCCCGAUACGAGCUGAGCUCGAUCUUCCUCGGGCUGCAUUCGGAGCCACUCGUUUAAACAAGGGCAUUAAACGCAUCUAAACCACGCGAGCGCGACCUCAUCAACAUCGGAUCAAAUAGGAAAACUAAAGAUGCUCCAAUCCCUCGCCGGUAAUUCGUGUGUGCGCUUGAUACAGAGCAACAAAUCGGCAUGGUAUUUUCUGUUUCUGGUGCUCGGCUAUAUUCUAUAUCUCAUAUUCGGUGCGGUGGUGUUCUCCUCUGUGGAGCUGCCGUAUGAAGACGUCCUGCGCCAGCAGCUCAGAGAGAUCAAACGACAGUUCCUCAAGGAGCACGAAUGUCUGUCCGAGGAGCGCCUGGAGAGGUUUCUGUCCAAAGCGUUGGAGGCCAGCAACUACGGGGUGUCUAUUCUCAACAACGCAUCGGCCAGUUGGAACUGGGACUUCACGUCGUCUUUGUUUUUUGCAAGCACUGUCUUAUCAACCACAGGAUAUGGUCACACUGCUCCUCUCUCUGAUGGUGGGAAGGCUUUCUGCAUCAUUUACUCUGUGAUUGGCAUCCCUUUCACCCUCCUCUUCCUAACGGCUGUGGUGCAAAGGAUUAUGGUCUAUAGCACAUGGCGGCCCGUUAUGUACGUGCAUACGCGCUGGGGUCUGUCUAAACCCCUGGUGGCCCUCGUACAUGCAACCGUGCUGGCUGUCGUGGCUGUGUCCUGUUUCUUCCUCAUCCCUGCGGCCAUCUUCUCCGCCCUAGAAGAGAACUGGAACUUUCUGGAAUCCUUCUACUUCUGCUUUAUCUCUCUCUCCACCAUCGGUCUGGGUGACUAUGUGCCUGGAGAGGCCUUCAACCAGAAGUUUCGUGAGCUCUACAAGCUGGUCAUUACUGUGUAUCUCCUCCUCGGUCUGAUUGCCAUGCUGGUGGUGUUGGAGACCUUCUGUGAGCUGCAGCAGUUGAAGCAGCUUAGGAAGAUGUUUUACCUGACGAAAGAGAAGCCCCAGGAUCGCCUGGCCAUCAUGGAACAUGACCACCUGGCUUUCACCUCCAUGCCAGACGGUACCAUCAACUCGCCCCAGGAAGAUAAAACCGAGCCCUUUGUGGACUUCCCUGUCCUAACCUCUCCGGGAGGUGACGACCCCAUGAUCAAAUAGAUGUUUCAGCUUCUAUCAACAUAACCUUCAAUCGAGGAAGACAUCUUUACCCGAGGGUUCUCGCAAGUCACUGACUGGCCACAGAAUUGUGAAAAUUACUUGAAUAUAUCACUUGAGAUUCAGCGUAUUUAACAGCCCUCUAAAAAACGAUGCCAAUCUGGCUUCCUGUUUCUUGACGUGAUGAAACCGUUCAGUGUGCUUACUGAAUAUGUGCAAAUGACUGUAAGCACAAUUAGGCCUAGCCCAUAAAAACCCAGGAACUUGAUUAAAAAGCAUACACUAAAGUCUAGUAUGUACUUGCCUAUUGAGAUUGUCCAAAUGGUGGAAUUAACCCCGACAGCAUUUUGGGGUUUAAUCUUGAUUACCACUAAAAACAUUUUUUUUUUAAGAAAGCAAAAAUGUGGGUUUCAGUGAGGCACUUACAAUGGACUUGAAUGGGGCCAAUUCGUGAACACUAAAAUACUACAUUAAUACUAUAUAAAAUAUACUAUCAUUGUGGACAAAAAAAAGUUGUUUUCUUCCAUUGGGAACCAAAACUGUUCGAAAUCUCUAUUGUUGUAUUCAGCAGAAGAAAGAAAUGCAACAUGAGGGUGAGUAAAUGACAGAAUCAAUUUUGGAUGGACUAUCACUUUAAAUUUUUAAACAUUGGACCCAUUUACUAUAAAAGUAAGACCUUUAUUGUAGCCUCAAUUUUUAGUGCAUACAUAGCUUAAAGGGAUAGUUCACCCAAAAAUGAAAAUUCUGUCAGUAUUUACUCACCCUCAUGUUGGUCCAACCCCGU